AUGGCCUCUACUGAGAAGCCGAUAUUGUUUCACUACGACGGUUCGAUCUUCUCCCAUCGAGUGCUAUGGUAUCUAUGGCUUCGCGGCAUACCUUAUGAUGAAUGCAUUCAAUCUGCAUUCAUGCCACGUGCAGAUCUUGAACUCAUUGGCGUCGGCUACCGAAAAAUCCCUAUCAUUGCUAUUGGAAAAGACGUAUACUGCGAUUCUCGGCUCAUCAUCUCCAAGUUGGAGUCAUUGUACCCCAACAGCGCUCUCGCACCUUCCACGCCAUCCGAGAUCGGUAUCACGAAGCUUUUCGAAAGCUGGACGGUUGAUGGCGGUAUCUUUGCCAACGCCGUGAAGAUGAUGCCAUAUUGGAAGGAAGCAAGCUUUCUUUCGAACAAGGCAUUCAUCGAUGAUCGCGCGAAGCUCAUGGGAAGGCGGUUUACCGCCGAAGGAAUGGAGGCUGGGCGACCAGACGGCGCGCAGCAUUUGCAGCAAGCCUUUGACAUGCUGGAAACCACUUUCCUUGCCGAUGGUAGAGACUGGAUUCUGAACACGCAAGAGCCGUCGUUAGCAGAUAUCGACGCUGUUUGGCCCAUCAAAUGGUUGAUUUCGGACCCGAAAAUGGAAGACAGUCUUCCCGCGGAGCACUUCAACGCUAAAACGUAUCCGAGGGUGUUCGCGUGGGUGGAGAGGUUCGUGACAGAACUGGACAAGAAGAAAGAGCAGAUACCAAAGCCAAGUGCGCUAGAUGGGAAAGCGAUGGGCAAACGAACUCUUGAAGCCACUACCUCACCAGAAACCAUUGUCUUCGUCGAUGUCAAUUCGCACAGGCUCAAACAAGGCGACGAGGUCGAAGUCUUUCCAUCGGACUACGGACAGAUGGGUAAGACUGCUGGGACCAUCGUUGGUCUUACAGUACACGAAGUUGUUAUCCGUAACAGCAAAGGCAUGCAUGUACAUUUCCCGCGAUGGAACUUUGCCAUUUCCAGAGCUGCUUCAAAGUCUAUGAUAUAG